GCCUUUUUUUACAUUCGUUUCAAUUAUUGUGCACUGAUCUGAGCUACUGCUCUACCUAACGUAACAUGAUCUAGACCUCUGUAAAACUGCGAACUCCCUCCGACCCGCUUUCGCGAAAUCGCUCUCGCCCUCCGGAGAAGUGUCAAGAAGCUUGCUUUGCUACAUCACGAGCUUUCAUGAUUUCUUGGCUUCGUUAACAAAUAAUAUUAAUCAAUAGCUUCGAUGCCAAAUUGCUACUUACGAGUUACGACAAAUACAGACAUAGGGGACAUAGCAGACAUAUGUUGCCGCGCUUUUUUUGAAUACGUCACUUCCUGUUGUGUUGUCCGCGUUGGUGUGUUUAUCUGUGUUUCCGUGUGUCUACCUUAAGGCUUUUUAUAGUAUGGGUUUUAUCUACCAGCUAUCGUGCAUUUAUGCCAUUUUAUUUUUCACUUCCUGUCCUUCUACGAAACGAGUCCAGAAGCGGCAGACUCAUUCCAUUCAGCGUAGCAGACGAACUCCAGGACUCCGGCAAUUUCGAGAGUACUGAAUGACUAUCUGAAACGUUCGAGAAACUUCAGGGUGCAUCUGAGUCAAUAUGCACAGCCUAAGGCGUCUCGUCCUUUCUAGAAACAGUCGUUCGAUUUCAACUUUGUCCGACCAGCUCCGAAUGAAAUUUUCGAAAUUUAAAGGCGGUUCUGUAGAACUUACGAAAGAUGACCGCAGUGGAAUCGCAAAGGUUAGAAUCAACAACCCAUCCAAACGCAACUCAAUGUCAGGUGAGAUGAUGGUUCAACUUCACGACAUAGUCGCGGACCUAGAACGGUGGGACAAAGGAAAAGCACUCAUCCUUCAUGGAACAAGUGGCUUUUUCUGCUCUGGGGCAGAUUUGGACAUGGUGAAAGAAAUUAACACACCUGAGCAAGGAUCAGAGAUGGCUGCCAUUAUGCAAGCGUCUCUCUCAGGACUUCACGACUUACCCCUUAUCAGCGUUGCUUUGGUGGAGGGCCGUGCAUUGGGCGGCGGAGCUGAAAUGACCACCGCCUGUGACUUCCGCCUUAUGGUUGAAGGAGCCCAGGUGCAAUUCGUGCACAUGCGUAUGGGUUUGGUACCGGGAUGGGGCUCCACCACGCGACUUGUCCACCUGCUGGGUCCCAAUACGGCUCUUCAUGUUCUCGCGUCAGGGUGCAAGAUCUCUGGAGACCGAGCAAUCAACAUGGGGUUUGCGGAAGGUAUUAUCCGAGACAUAGAUCACCCCGUGGAAAAGGCAGAGAUGUGGCUGGAGCAGUACACAACCGGAAACACCCCGGAGAUUGUUCAGGUGGUGAAAAAGACCAUUGUGAAUGCAAGGAGUGUUCUGCCAGCCGAGAGCUUCAAGGAAGAACGAAAGCUUUUUGCAAGCGUCUGGGGUGGUCCAGCAAACAAGGCAGCCCUUGAGAGCAAGAUUAAACACUAAUGAAACUGUAGAACAGUGUUAAUAUAGGAACAAUUUUGAUAACUUCUGUUCCCACAGCUGCGUGACCUCCACAUCAUCGCGUUGCGAGAGCGAUAAUAAUUCUGUAAAUACCCCGAAUAAAGCCACACCCUGUCAAUA